AGCUCACAUUUUAGAAACGGCAGUUUUGCAUAUGUGUAUUUAAAGGUGUGUCUCUACGCAACCUGCUUAAUGGGCUGGAAUUUGCAGUUUAUUUAGCAUCUUGUCUUCAAAGAAAAAACGAAAGAUUACAUGUAUCCAAAUACAGCUGGUGUGGUUGUUUUCAGGUGACUGGCGUUACUCCCGAAUAAAAUUAUCAAACUGAAAAAACACGCUUGACAGGCUAUCCUAGAAUGACUCUAUUCGAACUAAGUACCACCUUGUCGGUGCUCGCUACCGCCGUAACAUCAGUGCUGUUGGUGCUGUUGCUGACCGCGGUUUCCCGGCAACUGUGGACGUUGCGAUGGACCAUCACCAGGGACAAGACGAGCUCGUUACCGUUACCGAAGGGCUCUAUGGGCUGGCCGCUCAUAGGAGAGACGUUCCACUGGUUGUUCGAGGGUUCUUCUUUUCAUGUGUCGAGGCGGGAGAAGUAUGGAAACGUGUUUAAAACGCACCUGUUGGGGAAACCCGUCAUCCGAGUGACGGGCGCGGAGAACAUUCGUAAGAUCCUGAUGGGAGAACACACCAUGGUGUGCACACAGUGGCCCCAGAGCACGCGCAUCAUCCUGGGACCCAACACUCUUGUUAACUCGGUGGGAGACCUUCAUCGGAAAAAACGGAAAAUCCUAGGCAAAGCGUUCAGUCAUGCAGCUUUGGAGACGUACAUUCCUCACUUACAAGACGUCGUAAAGACUGAGAUAGCCAGAUGGUGUUUGGACACCGGCCCCAUUGAUGUUUUCGCUGCCGCCAAAGCCCUGACUUUCCGCAUCGCUGUGCGGAUCAUCAUAGGUUUGGAUGUGGAGGAGACGCAGAUAAACUACCUUUCCAGGAUGUUUGAGCAGCUGAUGGACAACUUAUUCUCCCUCCCGUUGGACGUGUGCUGCAGCGGCCUUCGGAAAGGUAUCCAGGCAAGAGAUGUCCUGCAUCGCUGCAUGGAGAAGAUGAUCGAGGAGAAGCUCCAGAGAAACACAGAGGGCUGCAGCCAUGUGUUUGACUACAUCCUCACCAGUGCCAAGGAACAAGGCCAUGAGCUCACCAUGCAGGAACUUAAGGAGACUGCUGUGGAGCUGAUCUUUGCUGCCCACUCCACCACAGCCAGUGCCUCCACCUCUCUGGUCCAGCUCCUGCUCUCACACCCUUCAGUGGCUGAAAAGGCAAGGUCUGAGAUACAAGAAAUGGGACUGGGCCAUGUCCUCAACAGCAAUAACAACAACAACAACAAAAAGUCAAUCAUCAGUGGUGAUGCAGACAUGCAGACCACCGGGUCACCUAGUUAUGACACGGAGAAGCACAAGAACUGCAUAUGUCCGACAGAGUCUGGUACGUGUAGUUUCCAGGAACCAAAUCUAACCCUGAAGGUCCUUGGUGGGCUCCAGUACUUGGACUGUGUGGUGAGGGAAGUCCUCAGAUACCUGCCGCCGGUCUCCGGUGGUUACAGGAGUGUCCUGCAGACGUUUGAGUUAGACGGUUGCCAGAUCCCUAAGGGCUGGAGCGUCAUGUACAGCAUCCGGGACACCCAUGAGACCUCCCCCGUCUACCAGCGCCCCGACCUGUUUGAUCCGGAACGCUUCGGCCCAGAGAGGGAUGAGGGUCGGGCGGCGGGACGCUUUAACUACGUGCCAUUUGGCGGUGGUAUUCGUAGCUGUGUGGGCAAGGAGCUGGCCCAGGUGAUCAUCAAGACCCUGGCGGUGGAGGUACUGGGAAGCACGGAGAUGAGGCUGGCCACGGACACGUUUCCCAAGAUGCACACUGUCCCUGUAGUCCACCCUGCCAAAGGACUACAAGUCUAUUUCACCUACAGAGACAACAACAUUGAAAAGCAUCAUGUGUCCUGUAUGUUCCAUCAUGGCUAGAAACUGACUUCUCAGAAUCUUCUGUAAAGAAGUAGACUGUCUAUCAUAUACUAUAGACUAGUAGAAAUAUUCUGACUUGGCAGGUUUUACCUUUUACCUCUGGGUGGUCCUCUGAUCCUGACAUGUAAAAUACUAAAUGAACAUAUAUGGAAGUGUAUGAGGUAUUUAUUUGCUAUAUUAUUGACUGUUAAAUAUUGUGUUAAACUGUAACACCGAUGCCAUGAAGUCAUCACCAAUGGUAUUUACUUACCCUGGCAUGUUUACAAUGAUAAUCUGGUUGAUUACAGCCAGGUAUGAGAGUCAGUGAUACUGUGGUUGUUGGUUUGUUUAUUAGUAUUUGUCUGUUCAACUAUGUGUUUGUAUAGGCUAGUACCAGGGUAAGAGGUAGACACAAAGUUUUAGAGCAGUU